CCUCGACGAGCCUACCUCACUGCUAUGGCUUUCCCUGCACGCCUCCUGCUCGCAUUCUGCGGCGCCUCUUUGGCGUUGGCCAACCCAUUGCAGCAUAGCGCAUCCACCUUUGCCGGUGCGACGUCCACCGCCGUGUUCCCCCCGCCUAACGCGACGAACACGGCCGUGGACACGUUCUUCCCAGACGCCGCAGAGGUUGGCCAUGCAGGUCCCACUCCCACGGGCGACGAGGCUUUUGUCCUCGAGACUGCCCCAGCCGCCCCCGUGAAGGGCGAUGUCUAUCCGCUUGUCAACCCCGUGGAGGCUCAGACGACCGUCAAGCAGCCUUCCUUUGACAUCAUGCGCUCAUGGGGCAACCUUUCGCCGUGGUUCUCCGUCGGAGACGUCUUCGGCCUUCCGGACGCCUCAGCCGCCGUUCCCUCCGGAUGCGAGCUUACGCAGGUCCAUCUCCUUCACCGGCACGGUGCCAGAUAUCCCACGUCUGGGUCUGGACCCAGCGCGUUCGCGGCCAAGCUCCAUGGCGCCGCGACUUCCGAGGGCUUCAGCGCGUCCGGCCCGCUCGAGUUCCUGAACACCUGGACUUACAAGCUUGGUGCUGAGCUGCUGACACCGUUCGGACGUCAACAACUGUUCGAACUCGGUAUUGCGUUCAGGGUGAAGUAUGGGCACCUCCUGAAGGACUUCACUGAUCUUCCUGUCUUCCGCACGACUUCAGAAGCGCGCAUGGUGGACUCCGCCUUGCACUUCGCCGCAGGUUUCUUCGGUGUGCAGCAAUACCAAGAUUCCUACCAUCAGCUUAUUACUAUCGAGGAUGACGGGUUCAACAACACGCUCGCUCCUUGGUCUGCUUGUCCCAACGCAAACAACGCGGUAGAGGACAUCGGCUUUGAUGCUGCUGCCAACUGGACGGAGAUCUACCUGAAGAAGACGGUCCCGCGGCUGCAGAAGCAUCUCAAAGGAGUAACGCUGGACGUCAAUGACGUGCAGGCCAUGCAGGACCUCUGUGCCUAUGAAACCGUUGCGCUCGGGUUCUCUACCUUCUGUGACCUGUUUACUGAGGAGGAGUGGAAGGGCUACGAGUAUGCCUUCGAUCUGGAGCUGUGGUACAGCUUCGGUCCUGGCAACCCUGCUACCGCGGCGCAGGGCAUUGGUUAUGUUCAGCAGCUUGUAUCACGACUCACCCAGACGCCCCUCACGAACUUUGACACGAGCCUCAACUCGACUCUGGACGGCAACAAUGUGACGUCUCCCCUUACCCAGCCCAUCUACGUGGAUGCCACCCACGAUACUGUCAUCUCGACCAUUUUGGUCGCUCUCAACUUCACGACUAUGGCGGCGAACGGGCCGUUGCCUGUCGACCACAUCCCGAAGCACCAGACCUACACCGGUCAGCACCUCGUGCCCUUUGCGUCGAACCUCGUUGGCCAGGUGAUGUCCUGCCCCGCAAGCAGCAAGUCCCAGGACAAGAAGUCCUUCAUCCGCUUCCUGUUGAACGACGGUGUCGUGCCGUUGACGGGGAUAGCUCACUGCACCGCCGACAAAAACGGCCUGUGCGAGUUGGACAACUUCGUGAAGGGCAUGACGGAGCGCAUCGCGGAGGUGGACUUUGCGUUCGACUGCUUCGCGAACUACACCGCGCCGUGGCCCGACCCGAUCAUCGACGGCCGGAUGCACAAGUAGUUCCGUACCGUAGUACUUCUCAGUCAUGUACCGCGGCUAUGAAUACAGUGCUCGUGUGCGUACCCGUGCACUCUUUA